AUGUUUCUAUUGACCACAGGGCCCAGCACACCGACCACAGAGUCCAGAACAUCAACCACAGAGUCCAGAACAUCAACCACAGACUCCAGCACUCCGACCACAGAAUCCAGCCCAGUGACCACAGAAUCCAGCACUCUGACCACAGAAUCCAGCUCAGUGACCACAGAAUCCAGCUCAGUGACCACAGGGUCCAGCACACCAAACACACAAUCCAGCACACCAAUCACUCAAUCUAGCACAUCAACUGCACAGUACAGCAUAACAACUGCAGAAUCCAGCACAAUGACCACCACAGAGUCCAGCGCACCAACCACUGAUUUGAGCUCACCAACCAGAGAGUCCAGCACACUGACCACAGGCUCCAGCACAUCGACCGCUCUGUCCAGCACAUACACAACAGUAAUCAGUAUGCCAACCACAGAGUCCAGCACACCAACCACAAACUCCAACACACAGACAAAAGAGUCCAACACACUGACUGCAGCAUCCAGCUCACUGAUCACACGGUCCAGCUCACCGAUUACAGAAUCCAGCACAUCAAAUGCACUGUUUAGCACACCGACUGCAGGGUCCAGCACACCAACCACAGACUCCAGCACUCCGAAUACAGUGUCUAGCUCAUCGACCACAGAAUCCAGCUCACCAACAACACAGACCAGCACACUGACCACACAGUCCAGCUCUCUGACCCCACAGUCCAGCACAUCUACUUCAGUGUCCAGCACACUCACCACAGAGUCCAGCCCUAUGACCGCACAGUCCAGCACAUCGAAUACAGUGAUCAGUGUCCAAACCACAGAGUCCAGCACACCACACCCAGGAUCCAGCACACCAACUACAGAAUCCAGCUCACCACACCCAGGGUCCAGCACACCGACUACAGAAUCCAGCACACCGCACCCAGGGUCCAGCACACCAACUACAGAAUCCAGCUCACCGCACCCAGGGUCCAGCACACCAACUACAGAAUCCAGCUCUAUGACCACACAGUGCAGCACACCCACCACACAGACUAUACAGUCCAGCACAACGACCACAGAGUCCAGCACAUCAACCACAGAGUCCAGCAUACCGACCAUAGGGUCCAACACAAUGACCACAGAGUUCAGAACACCGCACCCAGGGUCCAGCACACCGACUACAGAAUCCAGUACGUCAACCACAGGGUCCAGCAUAACGACCAUAGGGUCCAGCUCAUCGACCACAGAAUCCAGCUCACCAACAACAAAGACCAGCACACUGACCACAGGGUCCAGCAUACCGACCAUAGAUUUCAACACAUCGACAACGGAGUCCAGCACACCGCACCCAGGGUCCAGCACAGCAACUGCAGAAUCCAGCACAUCAAAUGUGCUGUCCAGCACAUCGACUGCAGGGUCCAGCACACUGACCAGAGAGUCUAGCACACCAACUACAGAGUCCAGCUCUCCGACCGCACAGUCCAGCACAUCAAAUAUAGUGAUCAGUGUGCAAACCACAGUGUCCAGCACACUGACCACAGGCUCCAGCACACCACACCCAGGGUCCAGCACACCAACUACAGAAUCCAGUACAUCAUCCACAGAAUCCAGUACAUCAACCACAGGGUCCAGUACAUCAACCACAGAGUAUAGCGCACUGCACCCAGAGUCCAGCACACGGACCAUAGGGGCCAACACAUCGACAACAGAGUCCAGCACACUGCACCCAGGGUCCAGCACACCGACUGCAGAAUCCAGUACAUCAAAUGUGCUGUCCAGCACAUUGACUGCAGGGUCCAGCACACUGACCAGAGAGUCCAGCACACCAACUACAGAGUCCAGCUCAUCAACCACAGAGUAUAGCACACUGCACCCAGAAUCCAGCACAUCGACUGCAGGGUCCAGCACACUCACCACAGAGUCCAGCUCAUCGACCACAGGGUCCAGCUCAUCGACCACAGAAUCCAGCUCACCAACAACAAAGUCCAGCACAGCGACCGCAGGCUCCAGCACACCACACACAGGGUCCAGCACACCGACCACCGAUUUGAGUGUACUGACCAGAGAGACCAGUGCACUGAAAACACAGUCCAGCACAGAGACCAUACAAUCCAGCACACCGACCGACCACACAGAAUGCAGCACUGUGACCACUGAGCACGGCACGUCAACCGCGAAGACCAGCUCACCAUCCACAGAGUCCAGCUCUCCGACCCCACAGUCCAGCACAUCGAAUACAGUGAUCAGUGUGCCACCCACAGAGUCCAGCACACUGACCACAGGCUCCAGCACACCACACCCAGGGUCCAGCACACCGACUACAGAAUCCAGUACAUCAACCACAGAGUCCAGCUCUACGACCACACAGUCCAGCACACCUACCACACAGACUAUACAGUCCAGUACAUCGACCACAAAGUCCAGCACAAUGACCACAGAGUCCAGUUCACCGACAACAGAGACCAGCACACUGACCACAGAGUCCAACACACCAACCACAGAGACCAGCACACUGACCACAGAGUCCAGUACACCGCACCCAGGGUCCAGCACACCGACUACAGAGUCCAGCUCUACGACCGCACAGUCCAGCACAUCCAAUACAGUGAUCAGUGUGCAAACCACAGAGUCCAGCACACCGCACCCAGGGUCCAGCACACCAACUACAGAAUCCAGUACAUCAUCACCAGGGUCCAGUACAUCAACCACAGAGUAUAGAACACUGCACCCAGAGUCCAGCACACGGACCACAGGGGCCAACACAUCGACCACAGAGUCCAGCACCCUGACCACAGGAUCCAGCAUACCGACCAUAGGGUCCAACACAUCGACAACAGAGUCCAGUACAUCAAAUGUGCUGUCCAGCACAUCGACUGCAGGGUCCAGCACAUUGACCAGAGAGUCUAGCACACCAACUACAGAGUCCAGCUCUCCGACCGCACAGUCCAGCACAUCAAAUACAGUGAUCAGUGUGCAAACCACAGUGUCCAGCACACUGACCACAGGCUCCAGCACACCACACCCAGGGUCCAGCACACCAACUACAGAAUCCAGUACAUCAACCACAGGGUCCAGUACAUCAACCACAGAGUAUAGCACACUGCACCCAGAGUCCAGCACACCGACCACAGGGGCCAACACAUCGACCACAGAGUCCAGCACCUUGACCACAGGGUCCAGCACACCGACCACACAGACCAGUACACCAACCACAGAGUCCAGCACACCACACCCAGGGUCCAGCACACCAACUACAGAAUCCAGUACAUCAUCACCAGGGUCCAGUACAUCAACCACAGAGUAUAGAACACUGCACCCAGAGUCCAGCACACGGACCACAGGGGCCAACACAUCGACCACAGAGUCCAGCACCCUGACCACAGGAUCCAGCAUACCGACCAUAGGGUCCAACACAUCGACAACAGAGUCCAGUACAUCAAAUGUGCUGUCCAGCACAUCGACUGCAGGGUCCAGCACAUUGACCAGAGAGUCUAGCACACCAACUACAGAGUCCAGCUCUCCGACCGCACAGUCCAGCACAUCAAAUAUAGUGAUCAGUGUGCAAACCACAGUGUCCAGCACACUGACCACAGGCUCCAGCACACCACACCCAGGGUCCAGCACACCAACUACAGAAUCCAGUACAUCAUCCACAGAAUCCAGUACAUCAACCACAGGGUCCAGUACAUCAACCACAGAGUAUAGCACACUGCACCCAGAGUCCAGCACACGGACCAUAGGGGCCAACACAUCGACAACAGAGUCCAGCACACUGCACCCAGGGUCCAGCACACCGACUGCAGAAUCCAGUACAUCAAAUGUGCUGUCCAGCACAUUGACUGCAGGGUCCAGCACACUGACCAGAGAGUCCAGCACACCAACUACAGAGUCCAGCUCAUCAACCACAGAGUAUAGCACACUGCACCCAGAAUCCAGCACAUCGACUGCAGGGUCCAGCACACUCACCACAGAGUCCAGCUCAUCGACCACAGGGUCCAGCACACCUACCACACAGACUAUACAGUCCAGUACAUCGACCACAAAGUCCAGCACAAUGACCACAGAGUCCAGUUCACCGACAACAGAGACCAGCACACUGACCACAGAGUCCAACACACCAACCACAGAGACCAGCACACUGACCACAGAGUCCAGUACACCGCACCCAGGGUCCAGCACACCGACUACAGAAUCCAGCACAUCAAGUGUGCUGUCCAGCACACCGACUACAGAGUCCAGCUCUACGACCGCACAGUCCAGCACAUCCAAUACAGUGAUCAGUGUGCAAACCACAGAGUCCAGCACACCGCACCCAGGGUCCAGCACACCAACUACAGAAUCCAGUACAUCAUCACCAGGGUCCAGUACAUCAACCACAGAGUAUAGAACACUGCACCCAGAGUCCAGCACACGGACCACAGGGGCCAACACAUCGACCACAGAGUCCAGCACCCUGACCACAGGAUCCAGCAUACCGACCAUAGGGUCCAACACAUCGACAACAGAGUCCAGUACAUCAAAUGUGCUGUCCAGCACAUCGACUGCAGGGUCCAGCACAUUGACCAGAGAGUCUAGCACACCAACUACAGAGUCCAGCUCUCCGACCGCACAGUCCAGCACAUCAAAUACAGUGAUCAGUGUGCAAACCACAGUGUCCAGCACACUGACCACAGGCUCCAGCACACCACACCCAGGGUCCAGCACACCAACUACAGAAUCCAGUACAUCAACCACAGGGUCCAGUACAUCAACCACAGAGUAUAGCACACUGCACCCAGAGUCCAGCACACCGACCACAGGGGCCAACACAUCGACCACAGAGUCCAGCACCUUGACCACAGGGUCCAGCACACCGACCACACAGACCAGUACACCAACCACAGAGUCCAGCACACCACACCCAGGGUCCAGCACACCAACUACAGAAUCCAGUACAUCAUCACCAGGGUCCAGUACAUCAACCACAGAGUAUAGAACACUGCACCCAGAGUCCAGCACACGGACCACAGGGGCCAACACAUCGACCACAGAGUCCAGCACCCUGACCACAGGAUCCAGCAUACCGACCAUAGGGUCCAACACAUCGACAACAGAGUCCAGUACAUCAAAUGUGCUGUCCAGCACAUCGACUGCAGGGUCCAGCACAUUGACCAGAGAGUCUAGCACACCAACUACAGAGUCCAGCUCUCCGACCGCACAGUCCAGCACAUCAAAUAUAGUGAUCAGUGUGCAAACCACAGUGUCCAGCACACUGACCACAGGCUCCAGCACACCACACCCAGGGUCCAGCACACCAACUACAGAAUCCAGUACAUCAUCCACAGAAUCCAGUACAUCAACCACAGGGUCCAGUACAUCAACCACAGAGUAUAGCACACUGCACCCAGAGUCCAGCACACGGACCAUAGGGGCCAACACAUCGACAACAGAGUCCAGCACACUGCACCCAGGGUCCAGCACACCGACUGCAGAAUCCAGUACAUCAAAUGUGCUGUCCAGCACAUUGACUGCAGGGUCCAGCACACUGACCAGAGAGUCCAGCACACCAACUACAGAGUCCAGCUCAUCAACCACAGAGUAUAGCACACUGCACCCAGAAUCCAGCACAUCGACUGCAGGGUCCAGCACACUCACCACAGAGUCCAGCUCAUCGACCACAGGGUCCAGCACACCUACCACACAGACUAUACAGUCCAGUACAUCGACCACAAAGUCCAGCACAAUGACCACAGAGUCCAGUUCACCGACAACAGAGACCAGCACACUGACCACAGAGUCCAACACACCAACCACAGAGACCAGCACACUGACCACAGAGUCCAGUACACCGCACCCAGGGUCCAGCACACCGACUACAGAAUCCAGCACAUCAAGUGUGCUGUCCAGCACACCGACUACAGAGUCCAGCUCUACGACCGCACAGUCCAGCACAUCCAAUACAGUGAUCAGUGUGCAAACCACAGAGUCCAGCACACCGCACCCAGGGUCCAGCACACCAACUACAGAAUCCAGUACAUCAUCACCAGGGUCCAGUACAUCAACCACAGAGUAUAGAACACUGCACCCAGAGUCCAGCACACGGACCACAGGGGCCAACACAUCGACCACAGAGUCCAGCACCCUGACCACAGGAUCCAGCAUACCGACCAUAGGGUCCAACACAUCGACAACAGAGUCCAGUACAUCAAAUGUGCUGUCCAGCACAUCGACUGCAGGGUCCAGCACAUUGACCAGAGAGUCUAGCACACCAACUACAGAGUCCAGCUCUCCGACCGCACAGUCCAGCACAUCAAAUACAGUGAUCAGUGUGCAAACCACAGUGUCCAGCACACUGACCACAGGCUCCAGCACACCACACCCAGGGUCCAGCACACCAACUACAGAAUCCAGUACAUCAACCACAGGGUCCAGUACAUCAACCACAGAGUAUAGCACACUGCACCCAGAGUCCAGCACACCGACCACAGGGGCCAACACAUCGACCACAGAGUCCAGCACCUUGACCACAGGGUCCAGCACACCGACCACACAGACCAGUACACCAACCACAGAGUCCAGCACACCGACCAUAGGGUCCAACACAUCGACAACAGAGUCCAGUACAUCAAAUGUGCUGUCCAGCACAUCGACUGCAGGGUCCAGCACACUGACCAGAGAGUCCAGCACACCAACUACAGAGUCCAGCUCAUUGACUACAGAGUAUAGCACACUGCACCCAGAGACCAGCACACUGACCACAGGCUCCAGCACACCAACCACAGAGUCCAGCACACCAACCACAGAGUCCAGCAUACCGACCAUAGGGUCCAACACAUCAACAACAGAGUCCAGCACACCAACCACAGAGUCCAGUACACCGACCAUAGGGUCCAACACAAUGACCACAGAGUCCAGUACACCGACUACAGAAUCCAGCACAUCAAAUGUGCUGUCCAGCACAUCGACUGCAGGGUCCAGCACACUGACCAGAGAGUCCAGCACACCAACUACAGAGUCCAGCUCAUUGACUACAGAGUAUAGCACACUGCACCCAGAGUCCAGCACACCGACCAUAGGGGCCAACACAUCGACAACAGAGUCCAGCACACUGACCACAGGCUCCAGUACACCGCACCCAGGGUCCAGCACACCGACUACAGAAUCCAGCACACCAAAUGUGCUGUCCAGCACAUCAACUGCAGGGUCCAGCACAUGGACCAGAGAGUCUAGCACACCAACUACAGAGUCCAUCUCUACGACCGCACAGUCCAGCACAUCAAAUACAGUGAUCAGUGUGCAAACCACAGUGUCCAGCACACUGACCACAGAGUCCAGCACACCGCACCCAGGUUCCAGCACACCGACCACCGAUUUGAGUGUACUGACCAGAGAGACCAGUGCACUGAAAACACAGUCCAGCACAGAGACCAUACAAUCCAGCACACCGACCGACCACACAGAAUCCAGCACUGUGACCACUGAGCACGGCACGUCGACCGCGAAGACCAGCUCACCAUCCACAGAGUCCAGCUCAGCAACCAUAGUGUCCAACGCACCGGUCACAGAGUCCAUCUCUCCGACCGCUCUGUACAGCACAUACACUGCCGUAAUCAGUAUGCGAAGCACAGAGUCCAGCACGGCCACAGCGCAGUCCAGCACAGGCACCACACAGACUAUACAGUCCAGUACAUCGAUCACAGAGUCCAGCUCACCAACAACAGAGACCAGCACACUGACCACAGAGUCCAGCUCUCUGACUGCUCUGUCCAGCACAUACACGACAGUAAUCAGUAUGCCAACCACAGAGUCCAGCACACUGACCACAGUGUCCAGCUCAUCGAACACAGGCUCCAGCACACUGCACCCAGGGUCCAGCACACUGAGUACAGAAUCCAGUACAUCAACCACAGGGUCCAGCACAUCAACCACAGAGUAUAGCACACUGCACCCAGAGUCCAGCACACCGACCACAGGGGCCAACACAUCGACCACAGAGACCAGCACACUGACCACAGGCUCCAGCACACCGACCACAGAGUCCAGCACACCAACCACAGGGUCCAGCACACCAACUACAGGGUCCAGCACACCAACCACAGAGUCCAGCACACCAACCACAGGGUCCAGCACACCGACCACAGAGUCCAGCACACCAACCACAGGGUCCAGCAUACCGACCAUAGGGUCCAACACAUCGACAACAGAGUCCAGCACACCGCACCCAGGGUCCAGCACACCGACUACAGAAUCCAGUACAUCAACCACAGAGUCCAGCUCUACGGCCACACAGUCCAGCACACCUACCACACAGACUAUACAGUCCAGUACAUCGACCACAAAGUCCAGCACAACGACCACAGAGUUCAGUUCACCGACAACAGAGACCAGCACACAGACCACAGAGUCCAGCACAUCAACCACAGUGUCCAGCAUACCGACCAUAGGGUCCAACACAAUGACCACAGAGUCCAGUAUACCGCACCCAGGGUCCAGCACACCGACUACAGAGUCCAGCUCUACGACCGCACAGUCCAGCACAUCAAAUACAGUGAUCAGUGUGCAAAACACAGUGUCCAGCACACUGACCACAGGCUCCAGCACACCAACUACAGAAUCCAGUACGUCAACCACAGAGUCCAGCUCUCUGACCCCACAGUCCAGCACAUCUACUUCAGUGUCCAGCACACUCACCACAGAGUCCAGCACAUCAACUACAGAGUCCAGCUCUCCGACCGCACAGUCCAGCACAUCCAAUACAGUGAUCAGUGUGCAAACCACAGAGUCCAGCACAGCACACCCAGGAUCCAGCACACCAACUACAGAAUCCAGUACAUCAACCACAGGGUCCAGUACAUCAACCACAGAGUGUAGAACACUGCACCCAGAGUCCAGCACACGGACUACAGGGGCCAACACAUUGACAACAGAGACCAGCACCCUGACAACAGGGUCCAGCAUACCGACCACAGAGUCCAGCACCCUGACCACAGGGUCCAGCAUACCGACCAUAGGGUACAACACAUCGACAACAGAGUCCAGUACAUCAAAUGUGCUGUCCAGCACAUCGACUGCAGGGUCCAGCACAUUGACCAGAGAGUCCAGCACACCAACUACAGAGUCCAGCUCAUCAACCACAGAGUAUAGCACACUGCACCCAGAAUCCAGCACACCGACCAUAGGGUUCAACACAUCGACAACAGAGUCCAGCACCCUGACCACAGGGUCCAGCACCCUGACCACAGGGUCCAGCACCCUGACCACAGGGUCCAGCACACUGACCACAGGGUCCAGCACCCUGACCACAGGGUCCAGCACCCUGACCAUAGGGUCCAACACAAUGACCACAGAGUCCAGUUCACCGACUGCAGAAUCCAGUACAUCAAAUGUGCUGUCCAGCACAUCGACUGCAGGGUCCAGCACACUGACCAGAGAGUCCAGCACACCAACUACAGAGUCCAGCUCAUCAACCACAGAGUAUAGCACACUGCACCCAGAGUCCAGCACACCGACCAUAGGGGCCAACACACCAACCACAGAGACCAGCACACUGACCACAGGGUCCAGCACCCUGACCAUAGGGUCCAACACAAUGACCACAGAGUCCAGUUCACCGACUGCAGAAUCCAGUACAUCAAAUGUGCUGUCCAGCACAUCGACUGCAGGGUCCAGCACACUGACCAGAGAGUCUAGCACACCAACUACAGAGUCCAGCUCUACGACCGCACAGUCCAGCACAUCAAAUACAGUGAUCAGUGUGCAAACCACAGUGUCCAGCACACUGACCACAGAGUCCAGCACACCGCACCCAGGGUCCAGCACACCGACCACCGAUUUGAGUGUACUGACCAGAGAGACCAGUGCACUGAAAACACAAUCCAGCACACCGACCGACAACACAGAAUCCAGCACUGUGACCACUGAGCACGGCACGUCGACCGCGAAGACCAGCUCACCAUCCACAGAGUCCAGCUCAGCAACCAUAGUGUCCAACGCACCGGUCACAGAGUCCAUCUCUCCAACCGCUCUGUACAGCACAUACACUGCCGUAAUCAGUAUGCGAAGCACAGAGUCCAGCACGGCCACAGCGCAGUCCAGCACAGGCACCACACAGACUAUACAGUCCAGUACAUCGAUCACAGAGUCCAGCUCACCAACAACAGAGACCAGCACACUGACCACAGAGUCCAGCUCUCUGACUGCUCUGUCCAGCACAUACACGACAGUAAUCAGUAUGCCAACCACAGAGUCCAGCACACUGACCACAGUGUCCAGCUCAUCGAACACAGGCUCCAGCACACUGCACCCAGGGUCCAGCACACCGACUACAGAAUCCAGCUCAUCAAGUGUGCUGUCCAGCACACCGACUACAGAGACCAGCUCUACGACCGCACAGUCCAGCACAUCAAAUACAGUGAUCAGUGUGCAAACCACAGUGUCCAGCACACUGACCACAGGCUCCAGCACACCGACUACAGAAUCCAGUACGUCAACCAUAGGGUCCAGCUCAUCGACCACAGAAUCCAGCUCACCAACAACACAGACCAGCACACUGACCACACAGUCCAGCUCUCUGACCCCACAGUCCAGCACAUCUACUUCAGUGUCCAGCACACUCAGCACAGAGUCCAGCACACCGACUACAGAGUCCAGCUCUCCGACCGCACAGUCCAGCACAUCCAAUACAGUGAUCAGUGUGCAAACCACAGUGUCCAGCACACUGACCACAGAGUCCAGCACACCGCACCCAGGGUCCAGCACACCGACUACAGAAUCCAGUACAUCAUCCACAGAAUCCAGUACAUCAACCAUAGAGUAUAGCACACUGCACCCAGAGUCCAGCACACGGACCAUAGGGGCCAACACAUCGACCACAGAGUCCAGCACACUGCACCCAGGGUCCAGCACACCGACUGCAGAAUCCAGUACAUCAAAUGUGCUGUCCAGCACAUCGACUGCAGGGUCCAGCACACUGACCAGAGAGUCCAGCACACCAACUACAGAGUCCAGCUCAUCGACUACAGAGUAUAGCACACUGCACCCAGAAUCCAGCACACUGACCAUAGGGGCCAACACACCAACCACAGAGACCAGCACACUGACCACAGGCUCCAGCACACUGCACCCAGGGUCCAGCACACCGACUACAGAAUCCAGCACACCAAAUGUGCUGUCCAGCACAUCAACUGCAGGGUCCAGCACAUUGACCAGAGAGUCUAGCACACCAACUACAGAGUCCAGCUCUACGACCGCACAGUCCAGCACAUCAAAUACAGUGAUCAGUGUGCAAACCACAGUGUCCAGCACACUGACCACAGAGUCCAGCACACCGCACCCAGGGUCCAGCACACCGACUACAGAAUCCAGUACAUCAUCCACAGAAUCCAGUACAUCAACCAUAGAGUAUAGCACACUGCACCCAGAGUCCAGCACACGGACCAUAGGGGCCAACACAUCGACCACAGAGUCCAGCACACUGCACCCAGGGUCCAGCACACCGACUGCAGAAUCCAGUACAUCAAAUGUGCUGUCCAGCACAUCGACUGCAGGGUCCAGCACACUGACCAGAGAGUCCAGCACACCAACUACAGAGUCCAGCUCAUCGACUACAGAGUAUAGCACACUGCACCCAGAAUCCAGCACACUGACCAUAGGGGCCAACACACCAACCACAGAGACCAGCACACUGACCACAGGCUCCAGCACACUGCACCCAGGGUCCAGCACACCGACUACAGAAUCCAGCACACCAAAUGUGCUGUCCAGCACAUCAACUGCAGGGUCCAGCACAUUGACCAGAGAGUCUAGCACACCAACUACAGAGUCCAGCUCUACGACCGCACAGUCCAGCACAUCAAAUACAGUGAUCAGUGUGCAAACCACAGUGUCCAGCACACUGACCACAGAGUCCAGCACACCGCACCCAGGGUCCAGCACACCGACCACCGAUUUGAGUGUACUGACCAGAGAGACCAGUGCACUGAAAACACAGUCCAGCACAGAGACCAUACAAUCCAGCACACCGACCGACCACACAGAAUGCAGCACUGUGACCAGUGAGCAUGGCACGUCGACCGCGAAGACCAGCUCACCAUCCACAGAGUCCAGCUCAGCAACCAUAGUGUCCAACGCACCGGUCACAGAGUCCAUCUCUCCGACCGCUCUGUACAGCACAUACACUGCCGUAAUCAGUAUGCGAAGCACAGAGUCCAGCACAGCCACAGCGCAGUCCAGCACAGGCACCACACAGACUAUACAGUCCAGUACAUCGAUCACAGAGUCCAGCUCACCAACAACAGAGACCAGCACACUGACCACAGAGUCCAGCUCUCUGACUGCUCUGUCCAGCACAUACACGACAGUAAUCAGUAUGCCAACCACAGAGUCCAGCACACUGACCACAGUGUCCAGCUCAUCGAACACAGGCUCCAGCACACUGCACCCAGGGUCCAGCACACUGAGUACAGAAUCCAGUACAUCAACCACAGGGUCCAGCACAUCAACCACAGAGUAUAGCACACUGCACCCAGAGUCCAGCACACCGACCACAGGGGCCAACACAUCGACCACAGAGACCAGCACACUGACCACAGGCUCCAGCACACCGACCACAGAGUCCAGCACACCGACCACAGAGUCCAGCACACCAACCACAGGGUCCAGCACACCAACCACAGAGUCCAGCACACCAACCACAGGGUCCAGCACAACGACCACAGAGUUCAGUUCACCGACAACAGAGACCAGCACACAGACCACAGAGUCCAGCACAUCAACCACAGUGUCCAGCAUACCGACCAUAGGGUCCAACACAAUGACCACAGAGUCCAGUAUACCGCACCCAGGGUCCAGCACACCGACUACAGAGUCCAGCUCUACGACCGCACAGUCCAGCACAUCAAAUACAGUGAUCAGUGUGCAAAACACAGUGUCCAGCACACUGACCACAGGCUCCAGCACACCAACUACAGAAUCCAGUACGUCAACCACAGAGUCCAGCUCUCUGACCCCACAGUCCAGCACAUCUACUUCAGUGUCCAGCACACUCACCACAGAGUCCAGCACAUCAACUACAGAGUCCAGCUCUCCGACCGCACAGUCCAGCACAUCCAAUACAGUGAUCAGUGUGCAAACCACAGAGUCCAGCACAGCACACCCAGGAUCCAGCACACCAACUACAGAAUCCAGUACAUCAACCACAGGGUCCAGUACAUCAACCACAGAGUGUAGAACACUGCACCCAGAGUCCAGCACACGGACUACAGGGGCCAACACAUUGACAACAGAGACCAGCACCCUGACAACAGGGUCCAGCAUACCGACCACAGAGUCCAGCACCCUGACCACAGGGUCCAGCAUACCGACCACAGAGUCCAGCACCCUGACCACAGGGUCCAGCAUACCGACCAUAGGGUACAACACAUCGACAACAGAGUCCAGUACAUCAAAUGUGCUGUCCAGCACAUCGACUACAGAGUCCAGCUCUCCGACCGCACAGUCCAGCACAUCCAAUACAGUGAUCAGUGUGCAAACCACAGAGUCCAGCACAGCACACCCAGGAUCCAGCACACCAACUACAGAAUCCAGUACAUCAACCACAGGGUCCAGUACAUCAACCACAGAGUGUAGAACACUGCACCCAGAGUCCAGCACACGGACUACAGGGGCCAACACAUUGACAACAGAGACCAGCACCCUGACAACAGGGUCCAGCAUACCGACCACAGAGUCCAGCACCCUGACCACAGGGUCCAGCAUACCGACCAUAGGGUACAACACAUCGACAACAGAGUCCAGUACAUCAAAUGUGCUGUCCAGCACAUCGACUGCAGGGUCCAGCACAUUGACCAGAGAGUCCAGCACACCAACUACAGAGUCCAGCUCAUCAACCACAGAGUAUAGCACACUGCACCCAGAAUCCAGCACACCGACCAUAGGGUUCAACACAUCGACAACAGAGUCCAGCACCCUGACCACAGGGUCCAGCACCCUGACCACAGGGUCCAGCACCCUGACCACAGGGUCCAGCACCCUGACCAUAGGGUCCAACACGAUGACCACAGAGUCCAGUUCACCGACUGCAGAAUCCAGUACAUCAAAUGUGCUGUCCAGCACAUCGACUGCAGGGUCCAGCACACUGACCAGAGAGUCCAGCACACCAACUACAGAGUCCAGCUCAUCAACCACAGAGUAUAGCACACUGCACCCAGAGUCCAGCACACCGACCAUAGGGGCCAACACACCAAAUGUGCUGUCCAGCACACCGACUACAGAGUCCAGCUCUACGACCGCACAGUCCAGCACAUCAAAUACAGUGAUCAGUGUGCAAACCACAGUGUCCAGCACACUGACCACAGGCUCCAGCACACCGACUACAGAAUCCAGUACGUCAACCACAGGGUCCAGCAUACCAACCAUAGGGUCCAGCUCAUCGACCACAGAAUCCAGCUCACCAACAACACAGACCAGCACACUGACCACACAGUCCAGCACAUCUACUUCAGUGUCCAGCACACUCAGCACAGAUUCCAGCACACCGACUACAGAGUCCAGCUCUCCGACCGCACAGUCUAGCACAUCCAAUACAGUGAUCAGUGUGCAAACCACAGUGUCCAGCACACUGACCACAGAGUCCAGCACACCGCACCCAGGGUCCAGCAUACCAACUACAGAAUCCAGUACAUCAUCCACAGAAUCCAGUACAUCAACCACAGAGUAUAGCACACUGCACCCAGAAUCCAGCACAUCGACUGCAGGGUCCAGCACAUCGACAACAGAGACCAGCUCACCGCACCCAGGGUCCAGCACACCGACUACAGAAUCCAGCACAUCAAGUGUGCUGUCCAGCACACCGACUACAGAGUCCAGCUCUACGACCGCACAGUCCAGCACAUCAAAUACAGUGAUCAGUGUGCAAACCACAGUGUCCAGCACACUGACCACAGGCUCCAGCACACUGACUACAGAAUCCAGUACGUCAACCACAGGGUCCAGCAUACCAACCAUAGGGUCCAGCUCAUCGACCACAGAAUCCAGCUCACUGACCAGCACAUCGACUACAGUGACCAGUAAACCGACCAUAGAGUCCAGCACACCAUCCAGCACAUCACCUACACUAACCAGUACACCAACAGGAACUUCAGCAAAGCCACCAGGUAAACCCAGCAGUACAUCAAAUGUGCCAACCACAGUUACUUCAACAAGCCUCACGACAUCCACAAUGACCUCCUCCUCAACAACCGAUAAACAGGUGUUGUCGACAGCCGUUACAACUCCUCGGACCACUGUGCGUCCCACCACAACUAAAAGACCAGAAAAAAAUCCAUGCCAGAAUGGAGGGACCUGGGAUGAAGAUGACGAUGAAUGUGAUUGCCCCGAUCCCUAUGAAGGGACCUAUUGUGAACGUGUAGAUGAUGAAAUUGAAGUUGAUGAAGUUGAAGCCAGUGUUGAUGUCGAACUCAGGAUAACGAAUCAGAAGUUUUCAGCAGAGCUGGAGGACGAGAACUCACCAGAAUACAAAAACUUCUCGAGAGACUUUAAAAAUCAGGUGGACACCAUUUACAGAACGGUUGAAGGAUACAGAGGUGUGAAGAUUAUAAAGAUUAGGUAA